AUGCAGCUUGGAGUUAUGACACCAACUAUUGAGACAACAAAUAAAGCUCUCUACCCUCAGACGUCAUCACAUCCACCUCUUAAUGAAAGGAUACUCUCCUCCAUGAGCAGGAAAACAGUUGCUGCCCAUCCUUGGCAUGAUCUUGAGAUAGGACCUGGAGCCCCAACAGUUUUCAACUGUGUGGUUGAGAUUGGUAAGGGAAGUAAGGUGAAAUAUGAACUUGACAAGAAAACUGGUCUAAUCAAGGUUGAUCGUGUUCUUUACUCAUCGGUUGUAUACCCCCAUAACUAUGGUUUCAUUCCUCGUACUCUUUGUGAGGACAAUGACCCUAUGGAUGUAUUGGUUAUCAUGCAGGAACCAGUUGUUCCAGGGUGCUUUCUCAGGGCAAAAGCAAUAGGCCUAAUGCCCAUGAUUGAUCAAGGAGAGCAAGACGACAAAAUAAUAGCUGUUUGUGCUGAUGACCCUGAAUAUCGGCACUACACAGACAUUAAAGAGCUUCCACCCCACCGUUUGGCUGAAAUUCGCCGAUUCUUUGAAGAUUACAAGAAAAAUGAGAACAAGGAUGUUGCAGUUGAUGAUUUUCUGCCAGCAACCAAGGCGUAUGAAGCUAUACAGCAUUCCAUGGACCUGUAUGCAGACUACACAGUGGAGAACUUACGACGCUAG